AUGCCGAAUGAAGGGGCGAUUCAGAAUGGGAGAAUCGAGCAGGCAUCCGAGGCGUCGGGGCCCGUGGACCUGACCGUGGGCGAGUGGCACGACCCGGAGGACGAUGCCAGCCGCGUGGUGGCCAGCGAGAAGGACGGCUUCCUGUGCCACAUCUCGCUGCGCCGGCGGUGGGCGAUCGAGCCGUCGGCGGUGUUCCGAAUCCUGACCAACCCGGACAACUCGAAAAUUUUCCGCGACAUCUACAGCGUGCCGUACCGCAAGGUGCUGGAGGACGACGGGCAGGGGCGGCAGGUGGUGGAGGUGGAGCAGGCGUCGGGGUUCAAGUUCCUGAUCAUCCCAAUCCUGUUCCGCACGCGCCUGAUCGUGGAGCAGGACGAGCAGGCCCUGACGAUGAGCUUCAGGUUGGCCAGGCGGGGUACCAUGAAGGAGUUCAGGGGAGUCUGGACGCUGGUGCCCGCCUAUGAGGAGGGGCCGGGGGGCGAGCGCCGCGCCAGCGGCACCAUCGCCACCAUGGAGCAGGACGUGCUGCCGGCGUUCGUGCCCCCCUUCUUCGCACGCGUGCUGAGGGGGAUAUCCGUGAACGCGUGCCGGCGCGUGGUGCAGGACGUCGACGAGGUGGUCGAGCGGGUGAGGGCCGGGGAGGCGCUUCAGGAUUUGUUGGACAGGGGGAUUAAGGGUGUGCCGCGGGCGGCAGCUGGCGGGAAGACGGGCGUGGCCGACGGCGCGGGGAACGUGGCGUCGUUCCCCGUCGCCGCUGGGGACACGUGCACCUCCGAGGAGGAGGACAGCCCCAGGGUGGGGACGACGGGCUGA